UCCAUUCUCUACUAUCCAGCUAGAAAGGGGGGCUUGUUUUAGGACAUCUGCGCGCGUGUUUUGCUGGUGAUGCCAAAAUCGGUUCGCCCAGUCGCAUCUAUAUGGGCUUUUCUCAACGCCGCCUUAUUUCUUAAGUCCCGGCCACGAACCCUGGUUGGCCAAACCGACCACAACAGACGGCAGCUUGCCAAAAUUCAAACAUCUCAGGAGAUUUGGCGGGGCCGUCUUGCCAUGCACCGUCUUUGCUUGCAGGACCGAGCUAUCAAGCAGGUUUCCAAGUCACGCCUCACGGGUCGACAAGAACUGCCGCAUAUGUCCAAGGUGUUUGCUGGCCCACCAGAAAUUCCAGCCGAUUUCUAAACAGCCUGUGCACCCAGCGUUUUGGAAUGCAGCUAUAGAGAUUUGCUGAUUGUCGAAUCAAUCAAGUGCCGGCGAGACUUGCUGGUCGUCGAAUCAGUCAAACAAACAACCAAAAAGGCAGAGACUACACAGAUCAGCCACCCUUCUCACAUACCCAGCACGGCAGAAACGCUUUGCUUCCAUUCUCGUCAAUCUCGCUUCUUCAGCUCUUGUCAAAGCUUGAAUGCUAUAAUGCUGUUUGUAUGUGAGAAGACGCAUCAUUCGUUUAUCGGCAAUAAAGGGGCGCUUGCAAAAGAUAUAACAAGGAAUAGUUUAUACAUUCUGACUGGCCAAUUACAUCACAGGGCCUGUUUUGGACACCAUGCUUCUACCUUUCGUGUUCCACACGGCUGUAUAUAUCUGCG